GGUUUUGAAAAAUGGCGACAGUACCAGGACAGUUGAUAUGGGAGAUCGUUAAGACCAACAACUGUUUCCUGGUCAAACAGUUCGGAAGAGGCAACGCUAAGGUUCAGUUCAGCAAGGAGAAGAACAAUCUCUGCAACCUUAACUCCUACAAGCACUCUGGUAUUGCUAACAAGAAGACGGUGACUAUCCAGCCAGCUGACAAGGAACAAGGUGUUGUCCUCGCCACCACCAAGACCAAGAAGCAGAACAAGCCUAAGGUCUCUGUCAACAAGUCUAUCCUUAAGAAGGAAUUCCCCAGGAUGUCCAAGGCUGUUGCUAACCAGGUGGUUGACAACUACUACAGGCCAGACUUGAAGAAAUUCGCUCUUGCUAGACUCAGUGUCAUCAGCAAAAGCAUUAGGGUUGCCAAGUCCGGGGCCAAGCAAAGAAACCGCCAAGCUUGAGCUUUUUUCUUCAAAAAGUGUUCCUUGUUUGGAAGUAAAAGAUUUAGCUGAAGAGGUUUAUUAAGUUUUUUUUUUGUUGAAGUUGAACCAUAACACUAUGCUAUACUCCUUUUCGGUAUCCUUUUCAAAAGGAGUUAGAACUUUCUCUUUUUAUGCUUUUGUUUCUUGUGUGCUCGUAUUCGAUCUUUUUUAUUCAAAUCAAGGGUUGCUCAUGUGACAUGUGCGGUUUGAUUGAAAAC